GGCCCCGCCCCCGUUAGGAAAGGGAAGCAAGAGAGCGGCGCGCGCGUGGGUGUCCGGACCUCGCCUCAGCCGACCAUGACGCCCAGCGGGGAUAUAAUGGGGGCAGCCGAAGACCUUGCCGAUCAGUUCUUGCGUGUGACAAAGCACUACCUACCUCACCUGGCCCACCUCUGUCUGAUCAGCACAUUCUUGGAGGAUGGCAUCAGGAUGUGGUUUCAGUGGAAUGAGCAGCGGGACUACAUCAACAUGUCCUGGGGAAGUGGCAUACUCUUAGCCACACUUUUUGUGCUUAUCAACAUGUGCGGGCAGCUAGCUGGAUGUGUGCUUGUCCUAGCCAGAAAAUUUGUUCCAUACGCGUGCUUUGGCUUAUUUGGAAUCAUCUUCAUGCAGACAAUUGCCUAUAGUAUCUUAUGGGAUCUCAAGUUUUUAAUGCGGAAUCUGGCCCUUGGUGGUGGUCUGCUUCUCCUACUUGCAGAAUCUCGUUCUGAGGGGAAGUCUAUGUUUGCUGGAGUCCCCACUAUGGAUGACAUCUCACCGCGACAGUACAUGCAGCUUGGUGGCCGGUUGCUCCUUGUCCUCAUGUUCAUGACACUCUUGCACUUUGAAAUUGGUGCUUUCACUAUUUUCCAGGACAUCUUUGGCAUGGCGCUCAUCAUUUUGGUAGCUGUUGGUUUCAAGACCAAGCUCGCUGCUCUGACCCUUGUCAUCUGGCUCUUCAUCAUCAACCUGAUCCAGAAUGCCUUCUGGAGCAUCCCCACCUACAGGCCCCUUCACGACUUCCUCAAAUACGACUUUUUCCAGACUAUGUCUGUCAUAGGUGGCUUGCUGCUUGUUGUGGCAUUGGGACCUGGAGGGGUUUCCAUGGAUGAGCAUAAGAAGAAGUGGUGAAAAUGGACUGUGAACAGGGUUCAGAGUGGGUUUGGGAGGGAAGGAUUGGGAGGGAAAAAAGGGGGUGGGGGUGGGGCAGGGAUAAACUACAGCUUUUAUAAACCCGGGUAGAAUUUUAUUCUCCUUUGAUUCUCUUAAUGGUUAUCAUAGUUCACGGUUGCCUUAUCAGGGUGGGAGAGCCUUUGCUUUCUAUCCUGUUUGAGACAUGUAAAUUAAAGCCGAAUUAUAUACAUA